CCAGGCCUGGCGACUUCUGUGCGACAAAUGCUGCGUCAACAGCAUUUUCAGGGUUAAAGUACAGUCUUUUACAGUCCGGGCCUCCAAAGAGGUUGGGACCCCGAUUUCUUGAGAACUUAGACGUCCAUCUUCAAUGUACACGAGAUACUGGUGAUCGAUACAACUGCCAUGGGAAACAAUCAUUCCAAACGAGGCAGGGACAGGAGGGGGGUUCUUCGAGCAGAGUGCAGCAACUGCAGAAAGUGUGAUGAGUUUGUGCCACAGGCCAGAGGAGUCACCUGUGCAUACUGUGACUGUGCACCUGUCCACCACAGGGAAGUAGUAGGAGCCGACAUCCACCCGGCACAGCUACAUCAAGGCAGUGACCAUCAGACUCAUCAUCAGAGCCCCGGGGUGGAGGGUACUGGAAUUGUUGGAAUACAGACACAGGGAGUCUUAGGCACCAGUCCUGGCUCAGCACAAGCUGAACUUGACCAACUUAAAAAAAAGAAAAGGGAACUUGAGCAGCAACUUGAAAUCCAAAAGGUUCGAAAAGAAGUAGCUGAACUGGAAAGUCGCUUAUCUGAGGAGGCCAACUCUACAGCAGAUGACUUAAGGAUAUCCUUCAGCAGCGAAUCACCAACAUCCUCUCAUAUGGAGUCUCCUUUUGGAACAAUGUCACCAAUUCAGACCAGCUCUUACACCGACUUGACAGAGCCAAAAAGGCCAGCAGAACAACACAUGACCUUUCAUCCAAGAGCUCGGGGGAAAAACAUUUGUAUUGAAAACAAAGGUACAACAGCUCGUAGUGUAAACAGCUUUAACAGUGGAGUCUGUUUCAGCCGAGUGCCAGUUGGUGUUGGACAGAAAGUUCAACUAAAGAUCGUUCAGAGCAGAACAUUUAAAGGCUCUAUGCGAAUUGGGUUCACGUCUAAAGAUCCAGACACAAUAGAUGAAGAAAAGUUACCAUCACAUUCCUACCCGGACAUGGCACAGCAGCCUGGGUUUUGGAUAAAACCCUUGCCUAACAGGCUGGCUCGUCAAGGCAAUGUGGUGACAUACACAGUGGAUUCUUCAGGAAGUGUCAACUUCUACAUCAAUAGAGAGAGCAAAGGGCUAUUCUUUGAUGGUGUUGAUGUCUCUGGAAAACUUUGGGCUGUGGUGGAUGUUCAUGGCAGCACCAUGGCUGUACAGCUUGUUGAUGAGCAAGCUGUAUGUGAUGCUGUGGCCAAAACUAUUUACGAAGGGGACAUGGUUAAGCUAGAUGUGGAGAAUAUGGACACAUUGAGUUUGUUGCAGGAUGGGCAUGGAGGCAUUGAACAAGACAUGGAACAGGCAAUUGGGACAGUUGGGAUGGUCACAAAAGUUGACGAUGAAGAAGAUGUAUUUGUAUACUUCUCCAACAUCAAGAGAAAGUUGUGCUUCAACCCUGCUGCCUUACAGAAGGUUGGAAGGGCUGACCCAAACUCUGCUAUUCUCAAGGAUGGAGAUCUGGUGUGGAUAGGAGACAAUGUUGGGAAGAUAAAGGCUCUACAAGAGGGACAUGGUGGAUGGAUCGAUGACAUGGAAAAGACCCUUGGGAAGUUUGGCAGAGUGAAGCGGAUUCAUCGUGGUGGGGAUGUUCAUGUCAGAGUUGGGGGAAAGAGCUGGAGAUACAACUCUGAGGCUGUGCAGAAAAUGCAGACCCCAGCAGGGCAGGUUGGGAUGUGUGAUCAAGGACUUCACCAUUGGAAAUCAGGAGUGUGCAAGGUGUGUGUUGGAUGUCGUCAAUGCACUGCAAAAGGGGCUGGAUGUACAAUGAAGGGAAAGCCACUUCGUCCUCCUGGCAGCCCCUGUGGAUGUGAGCAAAAAGAUGGAGGAUGUGGAGAUUGCGGCAUUUGCCGAUCUUGUGUUGGGGAAUCUAGCGAUGACAGCAGUGACGAUGACGCACAAAACUUGCACAAGCUGCAGCAACUGGGGGAAGCUUUUGAGCAUCUUGGAGAAGGUGGAGGAGGGAGCCGUUUAGCGGGGGCAGCCCGUGCUGCAGUAGCACUUUCCCUCUUGCAGCUGGGACAAGGAGGUGGCCUUCUUGGCAGCCGUGCUGCAGGCCUGCAACCUUUGCUCCUAGCAGCCAUGCUAGGUGGUGGUGAUGACAAUGAUGAAGUAGAGGAAGAGGCAGCCCUUGAGCAUGGUAUGGGAAAGGGUGAUGAAGUAAAGGUGGAAAUAGAUGGUGAAACAUUCCGCAUAUUGCAAGAGGAAGGUGGCACAGGCUGGAAUGAAGAAAUGCUUAAAGUUCUUGGCAUUCCUGGAACUGUUUCUGGUCUACUGGGAAGAAAUGUAAUUGUCCAAUUCGUCAAUGGUGCAAGAUGGUCACUUGUUCCUGGCUGCCUUACUAAAGUCUCCAGUGCACGACGCGAUGGACGAGAGGCCAUUAAAAGGAGUGACCUCGUUAAGUUGAUAAAGGAUGAAGAAAAACUGAAGGAACUGCAGAAAGAUCAUGGAGGAUUCAAUGAAGAUAUGCAGGCAUGUCUUGGCAAAACAGGUUGUGUGAUAAAGAUUCAAAAGCGCCAGGUAAAAGUGGAUUUUGCAGGAAGAAGGUGGUGGUUCAACCGUACAGCUCUCACCCCAGCUCUUUCAGAGGAAGAACAGGAAACCACACACCAGCUCAGAGAAGGUGACUAUGUCAAGGUGGACGUAGAUCCAGAGACAUUCAAGUCCAACCAACUAGGCCAUGGUGGAUUUGUUGAUAAGAUGAAAGAGUUGGUGGAAGAAGUUGGUAUUGUUCAUCACAUUGACAUUGAUGGUGAUGCAGUUGUCUACUAUCCAAACAAUACAAGGUGGUGCAUCAACCCACUUAACCUGGGCAAAGUGGACCCAGACGAGUGUGGGGAUGUGGACAUCGGUGGUGUAUUGGAGGUUGGAGACUGGGUCAAGGUUGAUUCUGACAAAGACAAGAUCAAACGUAUUCAAGAGACCACAGUGAAAUGGGAUGAGGGCUACUAUAAGGCUGCAGGAAUGGUUGGCCGUGUCAAAGUCACCUACCCCUUCAAUGAUCUUGUUCGUGUUCAGAUCAAGGAGGCCAACUAUCCACUGAACCUAUCCCUCAUCAAGAAAGCAACACCCUCAGAUCUCAAGGCAACUCUCCACUCAACAAAUAUCAAGAGCCCUAACUUUGCCAGAGGAGACUUGGUCAAGAUUGAUGUAACCUUAGACAAUUUGAAAAUCCUACAAGAAGGACAUGGAGGUUAUGUGGACAAGAUGGAAAAGGUGAUUGGCCUGAUUGGCUGUGUGAGCUACAUUGACCGGGAUGGUGACAUCAAUGUGAGAUUCAGUCCCUUUGGGCUAUGCUUCAACCCAAAAGCCCUGAUUAAGGUUAAACCCACAGAGGAUACAUUCCAUGUUGGCGACAUUGUCCUAAUUGAAUCUGACAAGAGGCGCUUGAUGUCCCUACAGACUGAAGAUCAUGGGGGUUACAACCAAAAAAUGUCUUUGACAUGUGGAAAGACUGGGCGACUGUUAGGUGUCAUUGAAAGCAAGAAAGUUCGAGUGAAGGUCCAGGGGAGGUCUUGGUUGUUCAACCCAGAUCUAUUGACAAGACUUGGAAACCCAGGUCUAGGUACUGGAGACUCGUGGAAAUCAGCAACCAUCUGUUCCCCUGGCAAACAUGACUGGAGCAAAGGCAGAUCCCUGGUGUGUGUCUCAUGUGGAGAAUGCACAGAGUUUGGAAACCUAUGUCCUGCACGAGGUAGACCAGACAGAUACCCUGGCAGCUUUUGCGGCUGUGGGGAUGGCCAUGCUGGGUGUGAUGACUGUGGCUGCUGCAGAAUGUGUGCAGGAGAGGGGACUGUGGAAGAGGAUGAGUCAGACGAUGAUGACAAGCUGAAAGAGCUACUGGGAACUGGCCUUGGUGGAAUCUUUGGAGAAGCUGUUAAGGAGGCUGUUCAGGAGCUCAGCAACUUAAAGAAGUCCAUUGAGGAGACUCCCACAUCUCAUGCUGAUGAUCAUCUUCCAAAUGAGGCAGGGACAGAAGAAGAGCGAAGUGAACGUUUCUAUGCUGCUCUGAAGAAGAUGAGCCACACUAUUGAGUUAAUGAGGAAGAGCAAAGGUCCAGAUUCCAUUGAUGCAGUAAAAGAAGCUUUGGAGAAAAACUUCCUCAUCCCUUAUGCCAUGUAUGACCGUAGGGCAGAGAAGAAGCUUAUGGGUGAUCAUCUGGCUAACAUUGAUGCAGCAAAUGUCUUCAUGCAUUACCUAACUUUGCUGUCAUCAGAGGCAACCAAGAGUGGAAGUGCAGAGAGGAAACUGCCCCUUGGAUGUCUUGAGCUUAUGCGCACUCUCCUGAUUCAUUACACCGAUGCGAGCUCUGAGUUCUGUCGUGCUGUGGGCAGAAGUGGGCUCAUCAGCCUGCUUGUGCAAAACCUUGUCAGUCUCCAGGAUGCAGGCAGUUUGGAGCAUGAUGAGAAUCUGGGUGACAUCACUCGAUCAAUGAUGACCAUCCUGUACAACUGUGCAAGGGUUCCAGAGACUAAGGACUACUUCAGUGAUGCCGGUGCAGUGAAUCUGCUUAAGGCAUCCCUGCGGACUAAAGACAUGGAUAUCAAAGUCACUACGCUGUGCUGUCUGGCAUAUAUCAUUGAUGCCAGUGAACUCCAUCUCAUCAGAGUUGACUUCACAAUUGCAGAUCUGAUUAUGGGCCUACUGAAUGCGGCCAUCAGUGACCCCCAGCAUUCUACUGUGCUGAGAGACUACUCGUACUCAGCUAUGGAACUUGUGACAACACUGGGAGCCCUUGCUCGCAACGAUGACAACAAGAAUGCAUUCAUCAGAAGAGGGGCAGUGAAUCUGCUCAUCACAUUGAUUGAAAGUGGCGAUGAAAAAGAGCAGGAGUGUGCCAUCUGCUGCAUCCAACGGUUUGCCCUCCGUGACAACAUUAGAGGCUUUAUCAAAAAUGAUUCGAGAACAGAGGAAGUGCUAAAGGUAAUGGUGGAGCACGAAUCUAGGCCUGUCCGAGCAGUAGCAGUGGAAACAUUGCAUCUCCUGGAGAAUGGACCCAAAGUGACCCAAGAUUCUAAUCUAGGCCCUGCCCGCUUCAGUGAAGUUGAUUACUCGGACUUGACUGAAGGUCAGUUCCUUGGACAAGGAGCGUUUGGCAAGGUAUUCAAGGCCAAACACAGGGUGUGGAUGAUGGAUGUUGCAGUGAAGAAGCUUGCAUUGAGACUGUCAAGCAAUGAGAGCUUGAAAAGAAGGCUGUUUGAUGAAGCCAGCUUCAUGCAUCGAGCCCGCCAUGCUUUCAUUGUCCCCCUGUAUGGAGUUUGCAUCGACCAGCACUUCACAGGUCUUGUGAUGGACUUCAUGGAGAAUGGAUCCGUGGAGGACCUGAUGAAGAAAGUAAAGCAUGUGCCCUGGGCACUCAGAUGGCGAAUUCUGCAUGAGACAGCACUGGGGAUGAACUUCCUGCACAGUCUGGACCCUAGGAUCAUCCAUCAUGAUCUAAAGGUCCAAAACAUUCUGUUGGAUGAGGACUUCCAUGCAAAGAUUACAGACUUUGGUGUAUCUGAAUGGAAACAGCGCAGCAAACCAGAUGUAGUAAAUGAUGUGAAGGGUUCAGGCAUUGCUGGUACCAUUACACACAUGCCACCAGAGCACUUGCAAGAUCCACAUCUGAAGGCAGGGAAAAAGUUUGAUGUGUACAGUUUUGGAGUCGUGAUCUGGGAAGUGCUGACAGGACAGGUACCAUUCCAAAAUGCAAUCAACAGUGCCCACAUUGCUGAUGCUGUAGUUCAUGGACAACGUCCUGACACAACGCUGGUUCCUGUAGGGAAAAAUGGGCCAGAGGAGUUGUGUCACUUUGAUGCUCUAAUGAAAGACUGUUGGCAUCAGGAGCCUGCUAUGAGGCCAGGGUUCAGAGAAAUUGCUGAGCGUGUAGAGCCAGUCAUUCAGCAAACACGGACAAAGGUGGUUGAAGCUGUGCAGACGGUUCUGAAUGCUCUUGGGAAAGGGGCAGAGAAAAUACCACGCCAUCAUAGUGGAAAGUGGGACACUGGUUUGCGGCGGAAUCCUGGCUUGAGCAGUGAGCAGCAGUCACAGAUGGAAAAUAGUGGAACAAAAGGAAUAAUUCAGUCCUUCAAGAAAAAUUAGGUGCAUAGUACAUUUUGUACAUAUAUUCUGCAUUUUGUGUGUCAUGUGUCAUUCUGUUACUGCCAGUGUCCUUUUGCAAGCUGUAAUAAGCUAUCGAUGAAUAUUUUUUAUGACAGGUGUGAUGUCAUUAUGAUAUAAAAUUAUAACUUACAGUAUACUCUAGUAAUCUUUUGUUCUGUACAUAUUCAAAUUGUAAAAUAACAAUACCUACAUUGUACUUUCAAAGCAGAAGUCACUCAUGAAUAGAAGUACAGUAAGUAAUAGAUACAUGUAAAAUAUUAGCUUCUUUUGAAGACUUGUGUGGUGGCAGCGUUAAUUAAUUUGAGGAACGACACAAGUUUUGCUGCUGAGGGAGUUUAGCCCCAGACAGUGUUUUGCCAUGGAUGGAGGUUUACGCCAUGGUUGUUUGUUUCUUGACUUGAGAACAAUAAUGAUAUAACUCCAAUCACAGAAUAAGCAAUGCAUGCUUUCUCAGUCUCUAAGCCAUGCAUGUGGAAGGUUUUUCCAAA